AUGAGUUCCCAGCUUCUUGUUUUGCCAGGACCAAAGGCAUUGUCUCCGUUUAGAGUCAACAACUUGAUUCAAGAAAUUGAGAGGAAAUCCCAAAAACCAAACACGAUUCAAGAAGUUGCUAGUCAAUACACACACUACGUGUCUCUCAAGAAGUCAUUGACUGAGAAGCAGUUGGAAUUGUUGAAAAUCUUGUUAACUUAUGAUAAUCCUGUCGAUGCUUCAAAUCCGUUGAAUGGUGAAUUGAUUAAAUUGUCCACGGGUGAAUCUCAAGCAAAAGGAUCAGAAGAGUUUGUCCAGAUUUUGCCCAGACCAGGUACUAUAUCUCCGUGGUCUUCCAAAGCAACCGAUAUUGCCCAAAUUUGUGGGUUGGGUGAUUACAUUGAAAGAAUUGAACGUGGUUUAUCGUUAUUGUUUAAAACUCAAAAUGGAGAAACAUUCACCGUGUCCGGUGACAUCUUGACAUCCGUGUUUGAUAGAAUGACUCAGAAACUUUACGUUGAUAACGAUGUCCCCAAGUAUGAUGAUUUGUUUGCCCAUUACAAGCCUAAACCACUUGUUAAAGUUGAUCUAUUAGGCAGCAAAGAUAACUUAUUGCAAGCCAACAAAGAAAUGGGGUUGGCGUUGGAUAAAGGUGAGAUUGAUUACUUAACAAACGCUUUCACACAGGUCAUUGGCAGAAACCCAACCGAUGUGGAAUUGUUUAUGUUUGCUCAAGUUAACUCCGAGCAUUGUCGUCACAAGAUCUUCAAUGCUGACUGGACUAUCGAUGGAGAGAAAAAGGACAAGUCAUUGUUCAAGAUGAUUAGAAACACUCAUGAGAAGAACCCACAAUACACAGUUUCUGCGUACUCUGAUAAUGCGGCUGUUUUUGAAGGACCUGAGGGCUACUUAUUCACACCAGAUUUCAAAACCAAGCAAUGGACAUCGAUCAAAGAAAGUGUCCAAACGUUGGUUAAAGUUGAAACUCACAACCAUCCAACUGCUGUAUCACCAUUUGCUGGAGCUGCCACGGGUUCAGGUGGUGAAAUUAGAGAUGAAGGUGCAGUGGGAAGAGGUUCGAAAUCAAAAGCUGGAUUGUCGGGAUUCACCGUUUCCGAUUUGAAUAUACCAACUUUGAAACAGCCAUGGGAAAGAGAAGUUGGCAAACCAAACCAUAUAGCCAGCUCUUUGGAUAUCAUGAUUGAAGCACCAAUUGGCUCAGCUGCAUUCAAUAACGAGUUUGGAAGACCAGCCAUCAAUGGUUACUUUAGAACUUUGACUACUGAGGUUGAAAAUGCAAAGGGGGAAACUGAAAUUAGAGGUUUUCAUAAGCCAAUCAUGUUGGCUGGUGGUAUGGGUGCCAUUAGACCAGGCUUGGCAUUGAAAAACAAAAAAAUCACCCCUGGUGCCAAGUUGAUCGUUUUGGGUGGACAGUCGAUGUUGAUUGGAUUGGGUGGUGGUGCUGCCUCAUCCAUCAGUUCGGGUGAAGGUUCAGCUGAUUUGGACUUUGCUUCUGUGCAAAGAGGUAACCCGGAAAUUCAAAGAAGAGCACAACAGGUUAUUGAUGCGUGUGUUUCAUUGGGUGCGGAGGGUAAUCCAAUCCAAUCCAUCCACGAUGUGGGUGCUGGUGGGUUGAGCAAUGCCUUACCUGAAUUGGUUCAUGAUAAUGAUUUAGGUGCCAAGUUUGAAUUGAGAUCAAUUUUAUCUUUAGAACCAGGAAUGUCUCCAAUGGAAAUUUGGUGUAACGAGUCCCAAGAGAGAUAUGUCUUGGGUGUUGCGCAAGAAGACUUGGAAAUGUUUUCCAAGAUAUGUGAACGUGAAAGAGCACCUUUUGCCGUUGUUGGAGAAGCCACCGAAGAGCAAAAGUUGAUUUUGACUGAUUCAUUGUUGAAAAGUACACCAAUUGAUUUGGAAAUGUCGGUGUUGUUUGGUAAACCACCCAAGAUGUCGCGUGUUGCCACUACUGAAAAUUUGAAAUUGAGGCCAUUUGAAACUAAAGAGUUGGACAUUGGCGAGUCUAUUGAUCGUGUUUUACAGUUGCCAGCGGUAGGUUCGAAAUCGUUCCUUAUCACUAUUGGUGACAGAUUUAUCACUGGAUUGGUUGAUCGUGACCAAAUGGUGGGGCCAUGGCAAGUGCCAGUGGCAGAUGUUGGUGUUACUGCAACUUCUUUAGGUGAAACAGUGUUAUCCACAGGUGAAGCCAUGGCCAUGGGUGAAAAACCAACUUUGGCAUUGAUUUCAGCUAGUGCCUCGGCCAAAAUGGCUGUAGCUGAAUCAUUGUUGAACGUAUUUGCCGCCGAUGUACCUUCUUUGGAUCACGUUAAAUUAUCUGCCAACUGGAUGUCUGCUGCAAGUCAUCCAGGUGAAGGAGCAAAAUUGUACGAAGCCGUUGAAGCCAUUGGUCUUGACUUGUGUCCAGAGUUGGGAGUCUCAAUCCCAGUUGGUAAAGAUUCGAUGAGUAUGAAAAUGAAAUGGGACGACAAAGAAGUUACUGCACCUUUGGCAUUGACAAUCACUGCUUUUGCCCCCGUUGAUAACACAUCCAACACUUGGACACCAGAACUUCAACAUGCCGAAGACUCCAUCUUGGUUCUUGUUGAUUUGGCUGCAAAGGACAAGAAAUCACUUGGUGGAUCUGCAUUGGCGCAGGUUUAUAAACAAGUUGGCGAUUCUGCUCCGACUGUGCACUCAAAUGCUGUGUUGAAGGCUUUCUUGCAGUCAUUGGUUGUAUUGCACAAACUGUUCCCUGUUUUGGCUUAUCAUGAUAGAUCUGAAGGUGGUUUGCUUGCGACCGUAUUAGAGAUGGCUUUUGCUGGAAGAUGUGGGUUGGAUGUGUCAUUAGAAGCUCAAGAAGAUCAAUUUACUGAAUUGUUCAAUGAAGAGUUGGGUGCUGUUUUCCAAAUUAGAUUACAUGACUUGAUCAAAUUUAGAGAAAUCUUUGCCAAUCACGGUAUGGGCAAGGAAUUCAUCAAGGUGAUUGGAAAGCCUAACUUCCACAAUCAAGCGAUCAACGUCUCUUACAAUGGUGCGCCUAUUUACACCUCCACCCGUGCUCAUUUGCAACAAUUGUGGAGCAACACCUCUUACCAUAUACAAAAGAUGAGAGAUAAUCCAGUUACGUCUAAACAAGAGUACGAUGCAAUUGCAGAUGACAAGGACCCCGGAAUUAGCUAUCAGUUGACAUUCAAUCCUGCGCAACGUAAAACUUACAAAACUAAACCAAGGGUAGCUAUCUUGAGAGAACAAGGUGUCAACUCGCAACAAGAAAUGGCAUGGAGUUUUCAACAGGCUGGUUUUGAUGUGUAUGAUGUGACUAUGUCAGACAUUUUGGAAGGAAGAGUCACUUUGGAUGAUUUUGUUGGAUUGGCUGCUUGUGGUGGCUUCUCAUAUGGUGAUGUUUUGGGAGCUGGUGCUGGAUGGGCCAAAUCUGUCUUGUUCCAUGAAAAUGCCAGAAACGAGUUCAAAAAGUUUUUCCAAGAUAGAACUGAUACUUUUGCAUUUGGUGCAUGUAACGGGUGUCAGUUCUUUAGUAGAAUUGCCGAGUUGAUUCCUGGAACUGAUCAUUGGCCCACAUUUGAACGUAACUUGUCGGAGCAAUAUGAAGCCAGAUUCGUCAUGGUUGAGGUUGAUCCUUCGGAAAACAAUAACUCCAUCUUUUUGCAGACAAUGAAGGGCUCUAGACUACCAAUCGCUGUAGCACACGGUGAAGGACGUGCUCAAUUCAAAUCACCAAAGGAUAAAGAGGAGUUUAAAUUGGAUGUUAUUCAUUACAUUGACAACUACGGAAAUCCUACGCAAACUUAUCCAUUUAAUCCCAAUGGUUCCCCUAAUGCUAUUGCUGGUAUAAGUUCAGCAAACGGAAGAGUAUUGGCCAUGAUGCCUCAUCCGGAGAGAGUUACUCGUAAAGAGGGUAAUUCGUGGUAUCCACACGCACAAGCCAAAGAGUGGCAAGGGUAUGGGCCAUGGGUUGAAUUGUUCAAAUCUGCAAGAGCCUGGGUUGGUGAUAACUAA